AUGGUCAGUGAAUGGAGAGGAAGACCAAAGCUGGUGGUGAACACUGAAGUCUCCAAGAAUGGAGAUAUUCGCAAAAGAGCCAGCAUUGAGUCCUAUGGAAUUUCGUACAAAAAUUUCUUCAGCAAGUCUGAGUAUGCCGCGUUCAGUGCUCUCGGCCGCCUGAUGCAUGUGGGAGUGGAUGUCAGAGAAGGCUUGAUAGAUGCCCUCACCAUGAAGCGAGCCCACUUGGGAAGUCUGCAAUACUUACAACUGCUUGUGGCCCAAUAUUUCACACGAAUAGAUGGUACUUCUUCUAUAUACAUUGGAAGAGAGAGUAUCAUUCCUGCUACCUCCGCGUGGCCAAUACCACACGAUGCUCCAUUCAAAAUUCAAUUGGAUAGAAAAAUUAUGGCUAUUACUGAGGCUGGGCUGUAUGAGCAAUGGAGGAAAGAGAUGCUACUGGAUGCUGAAAGGGAUAGUCGAAUAAAGCAGCGAAAACUGUUAAUGAAACAACACCGAAAGAUAGAAGAGGACGUGGAGACUGAUGGAUUAUCUGCGACAGUCAGAGCACUGACCUUCACCCACAUACAGGGUCCCCUCAUACUCCUUCUGGUGGGGUUCUUCCUUGGCGGGUCGAGCCUCCUGACAGAGAAAAUAUCAGCGUCCCUUUAGUUUCCGUAUUAGGCUAAAGCUUGAAACGCAUGUUUAAUGUUUCUUAAUUCUCUUGAAAAUGUUAU